UUUUUAUUCACAGCUGUCUUUCACUCGCAUCCAGAAAGUUUUUGUUUGGUGAAUUCACAUCCGGCAAAUAGUUCAAUAUGUUUUCUUUGGCUCGUACUGCUACCAACGCCGCAAAAACGGCUGUGCGUGGUAAACAUGAUUUACCCAAGCUACCUUACGACUAUGCCGCUUUGGAACCGAUCAUCUGCCGUGAAAUUAUGGAAUUGCACCAUCAAAAACAUCAUCAAACUUAUGUCAACAACUUGAAUGCUGCUGAAGAGCAACUCGCCGAGGCACAGCAAAAGAAAGAUGUGACCAAGAUUAUUGCACUUGCGCCAGCACUACGUUUCAAUGGUGGCGGUCAUAUCAAUCAUUCGAUUUUCUGGCAUAAUCUAUCGCCAGAAAAAUCACAACCAUCCAAAGAGUUGUUGUGCGCCGUUGAGGAGCAAUUCGGCAGCUUAGAUGCUCUGAAGAAGGAAUUGACCACAUUGACUGUGGCCGUACAGGGUUCCGGUUGGGGUUGGUUGGGUUAUAAUAAGAAAACCAACAAAUUGCAAUUGGCCGCCUUGCCCAAUCAAGAUCCAUUGGAGGGUAGCACAGGUCUCGUGCCACUUUUCGGCAUUGACGUAUGGGAGCAUGCCUACUACUUGCAAUACAAAAAUGUGCGCCCAUCAUACGUUGAAGCUAUCUGGGAUAUCGCUAACUGGAAGGAUAUCUCCAAUCGUUUUGCUGCCGCCUCUAAGUAAUGUUUAGAAGCAUACCAGUUAGUCAUUUAUCUGUAUCACUUCGUAAAUUGUGUGCCCUUUGAAACUUUAAGUGAUUUGGAGAGAGCAACUUAUAAAAUAAGUGUCGUCAAGAGCAACUGGUGCGAUAGUUGGAUUUUUCGAAACACUCACUGUCCAACGCUUUUAGUUUUGUUAUAUUUGUUUAUGCAUUAGUUUUUGUUUAAUAUAUAAUAUUAGCAUGGCGCGUAAUGUGCGUAGACAUAUAUUAAAUAUAAAUUGUAAUAAAUAACCUUAUAAAUUGCUAGAAUGAAGCUAA